GAGGACCAAUGCCAUCACCGCUUUUGGCAAAGCCUCGUCCUGGCAAAAAACCUUGGAAGAAGUGCGGCAGUCAGGAGACAUCGCCUUCCUCAAUGCAGUGGUUUCGGCUGUGGGCCGUGCUUCGCAGUGGCAGCAGGCCCUGCGCGUGCUGCACCAUGUGCAGAUCGUCUUGGACACGGUCACCCUGCAGCGAGACGUGGUGAGCUUCAACUCUGCCGCCACAGCCGCUGUAAGGGCGCAGUGGCGAUGUGCGCUGCAGAUCUCCCUUUGUCGUGUGCAGCGUGGAAUCUGUAGUGACACGGUGAGCCCCAACUUGGUCAUGAACUCCUAUGGUCAGGUCAAGAAAUGGCGUGAAGCCUUGACGGCCUUGGCCUCUACAGUGAGAAGUGUGGCCACCUUCGUGAACACCUGCAAAGAAGCCGAGGAAUGGAAGGCUAGCAUGUCAGUCCUCGAUACAGCAAUGUCUGCGGGGAUGAAAGUGAACGUGAUUUUGAUCAACACUCUGAUUACCUGUUUUGGUGGCGUGUCACGGUGGCGUCUGGCCGGCAACGCCGCCCGUUUCACGGUUGCGCAACUUUGGGGUGGCUUGAGACGUGACAUCAUCAUGCAGAACGCAUGCUUGACGGCGGGGCGAGUGGCCGGUCACUGGGAAGCUUCCCAGGUCAUUCUGCACAACACGAGGUCUUAUGGCUUGACGCCCAACCUCACGUCUCAAAAUGCGGCCCUGAAGGCCUUGGUCUACAAACGCCACUGGCGCUUGGCAUGCUUGGCAUGCGAGUGGCGCCAAGGUCACUUGAAUCCCGACCUGGUGACCUACAGUGCAACUGCCCAUGUUUGUGGCCACAGUAUGAUUUGGCCUGGCAGUCUCGCUGUCCUAUCACUGGCACUGCAGGACAGGGUGUUGAUCGACAGCAUCAUUAUGCGCACGGUAAUUUCUUCCUGCGAGAUCAGUGUGGCGGGAAAGGAAUGGCCGCGUGCUCUUCAUUUUUUUCAGCUGAUGCGAUCUGGCAGGCUGCAACAAGAAGACAUUGCCCUCAACAGCCUUCUGAGUGCCUAUGAGAAAGGCCGCAGGUGGCGCGGCGCCUUGAGCCUUUUUGGAGGCCACGCUUCACUGCGACAGAGUCAACUGGCUCUCAAGGCGGUGGUGGCAGCCUCUGAGCCCGUGCCUGCCAGAUGGCCCCACGUGCUCAACUUGUUGGAGCAACCGAACUCUGCAGAUGCG